AUGCGACGAGUCGUGGUGACCGGCCUAGGCGCCGUCUCGCCCCUCGCAGUCGGCGCGAGACCUACGUGGAAGCGCAUUCUGUCUGGAGAAUCCGGAAUCUCCAGCGUCCUCACAGACCGCGGACCAGCCUCCCAAUGGAAAGGCAUCCCCAGUACGGUUGCUGGCCUUGUCCCCCGCGAUCAGGGGAAUGGAGCGGAGCACGCGUGGACGCCCUCGACUUGGCUGAGCGCUGCCGAACAGGAUAAGCUGCCGAUUCACACGCAGUAUGCGCUCGCGGCCAGCGACAUGGCCCUCAAAGAUGCGGAAUGGAACCCUAGUACGGCCGAGGAGAGGGAGGCAUCGGGUGUGUCCAUGGGCAGCGGGAUCGGCGAUCUAGAUCACCUCUACAGUACGAGCCUAAACUACGAAGAAGAUGCAAGUUUUCGGUCCCCUGGCUACAAGAAGCUAUCACCCUACUUUGUGCCCCGGAUCCUGCUCAACAUGGCGGCAGGGCACAUUUCCAUGCGCCACGGCCUCCAGGGCCCCACGCGCUGCAUCACCACGGCAUGCGCCACGGGGGCCGACUCCAUCGGAGACGCCUUCACCACCAUCCGCCUCGGCCGCGCCAAGGUCAUGGUCGCCGGCGGCACGGAGUCGUGCAUCCACCCGCUCGCCCUCGCCGGCUUCGCGAGGGCCCGAUCGCUGUCGACGGCGUACAAUGACCGGCCCGCCUCGAGCUGCCGACCGUUUGACGCCCGCCGAGACGGGUUCGUGAUUGCAGAGGGCGCGGCGGCGCUGAUCCUCGAGGACCUUGAGCACGCGCGGGGGCGAGGCGCGCGCAUCUACGCGGAGAUCAAGGGCUGGGGCGCGGCGGCGGAUGCGUACCACAUGACGGCGCCUCGAUCCGACGGCAACGGGGCGUACCGCGCGAUGAAGGAAGCCCUGGCCGAGGCCCGGGUUAGCCCAGAGCAGGUGGACUACAUCAACGCGCACGCGACGGGGACGGUGGUGGGGGACGGUGCCGAGAUCUUGGCCAUCAAGGAGCUCAUGAAGGACGUGGACGAGGCUGCGGUCACGGUGAGCAGUACCAAGGGUGCGACGGGCCACCUGCUCGGGGCUUCCGGGGCCCUCGAGGCGCUGUUUUCGGUCUUGUCUAUCCAUGAGAGAGUCGUCCCACCUACGUUGAACCUGGAUAACCCCGGCGUUGGAGAUGUCCGCUUCAACCUUGUACCGCACAAGGCGCAGCAGAGGGAGAGGUUGGACAUUGCGGUAUCUAACAGUUUCGGCGCAUCGGGAAGCGCCUCCGCCUCCGUCGGUCAGGGCCACGCGGCCGCCGGAAGCUCGGCCGUGACGACCGAUUUCUCCAGCGAUCCCGUCGACAACCUGCAGCAGAGGGUCUCGCAAUGGGACGAUUCCGCCGCCCGUGACCUAGAUGACGAUGAUGACGACGAGGAUGGCUCCGAGCACGAGAUGCUCCUCGACCCCCUCGGCUCCGGCCGGGGCGGCAAGGCCUCGGUCGAUCUAGGAUCCGAGGACGGCAUUGCCCUCAAGGUCAUCGGCGGUGAUGAUGAUGAUGACGACGACGACGACGAUGACGGGCAGGAGAACUCUCCGUAUCCAGAAGUUCGCGCGGCGGUCCCCAACUAUGACCAGGACCUGCCGUGCAACACCGUACGCGCCUGGGUCCUCGGCCUUUCGCUCGUCGUCGUCGGCGCAUCCAUGAAUACGCUCUUCUCGCUCCGCCAACCCUCCAUCGGCAUUGGCGCCCUCAUUGCCCAGAUCGUCGCCUGGCCGCUCGGCCACGGCUGGGCCCGCGUCAUGCCCACCCGCGUCUUUACCACCUUUGGCAAGAGAUGGUCCCUGAACCCCGGCCCCUUCAACGUCAAGGAACAUGGCGUCAUCGUCGUCAUGGCCAGCGUCUCCUUCUCCGUCGCCUAUGCCACCGACAUCAUCCUCGCCCAGCUCAUCUUUUACAAGCAAAACUUUGGCAUCCCGUUCCAGCUCAUGUUGACCAUCUCCACCCAGUCCCUCGGGUACGGCAUCGCUGGCAUCAUGAGGAAGUUCCUAGCCGUCACACUCAUGAACGCAAUGUACGAGGCCGUGGAUCGCCCCGACCCCACAGUCUUCGGCGGCAGCAUGCCGAGGUACCGGUGGUUUGCCUACGUCACCCUGGCCUCGUUCCUUUACUUCUUCAUCCCUGGCUACUUUGCCCAGUUCCUGAGCGUCUUUGCGUUUCCAACGUGGCUCGCCCCGAACAAUGUGGUUGUCAACCAACUCUUCGGCGGGGUCACCGGAUUGUCUAUUCUUCCAAUCACGUUUGACUGGACUCAAAUCGCCGGCUUUGUAGGCUCGCCUCUCAUUCCGCCUUGGCCGGCAAUUGCCAACACCCUCAUUGGCGUAGUCACCUUCUUCAUCAUCGGCGCAGGCGUCUUCCACUACACCGGCGUAUGGUAUGCAGAGUUCCUCCCCAUGAGCGACUCGGGUACCUACGAUAAUACUGGCGCCCGCUACAAUUCGUCUCGUAUUCUCACACCCGAGUUCACCUUGGACGAGAAGGCGUAUGAAGAGUACUCGCCCUUGUUCAUCAGCACCACCUUUGCCAUCUCGUACGGGCUCUCCUUUGCUGCCAUCGCAUCCUUGAUCAUGUUGACCAUGGGCUUCUACACCAUCACGGCGUACCAGACGAAUCUGAGCUGGUGGGCUUUCCUCCUUGCCGUCUUCAUCUCGUUUGGAUUCUCCUUGCCUAUAGGCAUUAUCCAAGCCAUUACCAAUAACCAAAUUGGCCUAAACGUGCUCACCGAGUUCGUCUACGGCUACAUCCAGCCUGGCCGCCCGCUGGCACUCAUGAUCCCUCAACUUCAUCUCCGACCUCAAAUUCGGCCACUACAUGAAGAUCCCCCUCGCACCAUGUUCCUCGCCCAGGUCGUCUCGACCACGUUAUCCUGCUUCAUCCAGAUCAUGGUGCUCAACGGCGCUCUGAACAAUAUCGAAGGGGUUUGCACCCUUGAGCAGCCCGAGAGGUUCACCUGCCCUGGCGGCCGCGUUUUCUUUGCAGCUGAUUGUGUUCUACUCGGGGCUAUUCUUCUUUUUGGCCUCGGUGCCAUCGUUCCCAUCAUCAUCUACUACGCGGGGAAGCGCUGGCCCAAUUCCAUCGCGAAGCACCUCAUGGCGCCGCUCAUCUUUGGCGGCGCGGGCAUGAUACCGCCAGCGUCGCCCCUCAACUACCUCACCUGGGGUAUGGUGGGCUACCUGUUCCAGUAUCGCAUCCGCUCGCGACACUUUGCGUGGUGGAGCCGGCUCAAUUUUCUCACGUCAUCCAGCCUCGACCUCGGGCUCGCGCUGGCAACCCUCGUCGUCUUCUUCGCCUUUACCCUCCGCUCCAUCGAUCCCCCUCCUGGUGGGGAAUGA